GUGGGCUAGGGAAAGCAUAGCAAGUGAAGCGCAGCAAAGGGCAGGAAUUGCACUGAGCUGGCAGAGUGUUCUUGCAGGGCUUGAGUUUGAACCGGUGCCUUUCCUUCCUCAGGACCUAGCUCUAGGGCUUCCCACGAGGUGAUGAAAGCAUCUCGGGAGUGACUCCUUGUCAGCAGCCACUGUUACACCCACUGCCCAAGCACUGUGGAAUUUGUGGUGCUGAGAGGGUCGGCCGAGAGGUUCUCUUCUCGAUGAAGAUCCGAGCCGCCCGCCUGUCUCCCCUCGACCAGUUGCUUCCUAUGCAAUGAGUAACACGACCACUCCCAGCUCCGCCAGGACCUCCAGCGACUCCUUGGUCGGGUAUGUCCUGGUGCCCUUCUUCCUCAUCACCGUCGUCGGCAUCGUCGUGGCCGUGAUGAUGUACAUUCAGAAGAAGAGGAGGUUUGACAGGCUACGUCACCACCUGCUACCGAUGUACAGCUAUGACCCUGCGGAGGACCUGCAUGAGGUUGAACAGGAACUGCUGGGGGAUCCAGAUGACACCAAGGUGAUGCAGGGCUGGGGUGGAUACCAGCCCCAACGGACUCUGCUCAUGGACAUGAAAGCGUAACGCCACGUGGAGACCAGCGGCCGGGCGAUGUACUCACCAGCUCCACCCUUCAUCCGUUUGUGUUAACCUCGCAUCCUCUCACGUGGGGUUCACUGGUAAAGCUCCGCCCUCCUCGUCGCUCUCCCCGUUUUCUGCUCCUUUUCCAUUACCAGGCACGGCAGGGGGGGGUUAACCCUGCCGCCUCAGCACUGCCAGACCCGCGCUGCAGCCCCUGAGUGUUCCUGCUGGCGAAGCACUGAAGGUAUAGGCCAAGUUUGGGGUUUGCGCGCUUUGACCAGGAACAGGGUCUUUCUUCCUCCUGGUUCUGGAUAUAAAACCCUCUGAGCCUUUCCACACAGGCACCGAAGAGACUGUAGAUCCUGAGUGUGUGUUGGUGAAACUUCAUUGCUGGGUGGCUAAAGACUCAACCCCAAUAAACCCAGUUUCUCAGCCUCCCCUUCAGUAUAAGCCAUUUAAAACUAACCUGGCUCUGGUGUUGCCAAUCGGCAGACUGCACAGAGACCAAACCUCCAUGCUGCCUAUAUAUCUAUGCACGUACUGGGGGUGUUAGCUUGCUACAGUGGGGGGGUGGGUCAGUCCCAGGCACUAACCUGAUUAUUGUGCGUCUGUUUGGGGACUGCUGUUGAAUUGUGCAGCUGGGGACUUGAAUACUUAAUUUAAUGGCGUCUUUGCUGUGAUCUUGAACUAGCUGACAGUGAGGAUGUUCCCUGCAGCCCUGCAAGUGGCCGUUCACAUGGGUGCCUUCGAAGCAGUCACCUAAGGGCAGGGAGGGUCCAGUUUGGCUAUGCAGUGAAAACAGGGUGUGUUUAACAGGGCAAAACUGUCUUUGCAUUCAGCCAAGAGGCCUUAUGUAUUGACCAAGGAGGAGACCUCAUCCUAGCACGAAAGCUAUUGGAUCGUAAAAGAACCCAACUCCGUAGGGGUUCAGCAAGGGGGCUCUUUCUAUGCUGUGGAGUUUUGCAUUCACCGGUAGCGCCUCUCUUUGUUUUGUAAAUAAAAAGGCACUGUGAGCGUG